AUGAGUAUUAGAAGUCUGUCUCAAUAUAGAACGAAAUUAACUAACACGAGUACCAACCCGGAGGAUCAAAGUAGCAAGAAGGACUCCGCAGAAGCAGACGCCAACAUUGCUCAGAUUCAAGAAGAACUGCGAGAAACUCGCGAUAAAUACCUACGCACCUUAGCAGAAAUUGAAAAUAUGCGGGAAAGAACAGUCAGGCAAAUUAAUGAUGCCAAGAUGUAUGCCAUCCAAAAUUUUUCUAAAGACAUCAUCGCGGUAGCAGAUAUCUUAGAAAAAGCAACUGAGAGUGUUCCUCAGCAAGAAAUUGCCUCUGCUGCUGCUAAUCAGCAUUUCAAAUCUUUGUAUGAAGGCCUCAAGCUAACUGAAUCUCAACUUCAAAAAGUUUUCUCUGCUCAUGGAUUAAGAAAAAUAUAUCCAAUAAAUGAGAAAUUUGACCCUAAUUUUCAUGAAGCUUUGUUUCAAGUGGAGAACGGAGAAAAACCCGAUGGAAGUAUCGCACAAGUCUCUAAGGCUGGAUAUUUAUUGCAUGGCAGAACUUUAAGGCCAGCUAUGGUAGGUGUCACCAAAGCGCCCUGA